AUGGCGUGUGCGUUACUUAAUCCGGUGGAAACGAAGAGCUGCAAGAAGUCCCGGGUAGGCAGUGAGGCAGAUGGAUGGCUUGCCCAUACCGUUGGCACUACUCUGGACGAGGCCUUCGCACAGGACGUCUGCUGGAGCUUCAAGAAGCUGAACGCUGCGGUGGACGAGCUGGCAAACGUGGUCCUGUUGGUGGCGCUCACAUACUUGACGCCACUGUUUGGCGCUACGGAUUUCAAGUCACCUCACUGGAUGACUUGGGAGGAAGGAUCGUUCUCCAGCAUCGCGGAAAACAUUGGCGGCUCAGCCAAUGGCACACAGCGCUGGAGAUCGUCGAUUACAUGCACCAAGCAGUGGAUAUCAUGCAGUCGUCGUUGA